UUCCAUGUGCUCGUGAAAAAGGUUAUAUAGGAAAUAGUAAAACGAUUUAAUUAAAUCAUUGAAUUUAUUUAUAUUCAAAAAUUAUAGUUUUUUAUUUGUUUGAGUUUAUUUUAUUAUCGACUAAAAAAAUAUGAAUAAAGAAACUAAACUCGGAAAAACUCAGCGAAAAGUUUUUAAGCGUAAUCGAAAAGAUGACGAGGAGUCUACUUCGGAUAAAAUUAAGAAGCAUGCAAAGUCGAAAGUGUUGUAUAAUCGAAGAUAUAUGGCACCUUAAGAAAAACGGAAAAAUGAAUAUGAUCCUAACGAAGAAGCUAGAUUAGAAAGAAUCGUUUUUGGCGAUCCUAGUGAUAUUAUAAAUAAUUUACUCAAUGAUGAAUCCGUGAUCAAGGUAAAAAACGAUUCCAUUAAUGUUUGCGAUGAAAAGGUUAUAGAUAACAAGGAUAAUGAGGAUGAUAAGAACUGUGAAAGUACCGAAGAUAAAUCAGAUGAGGAUAUUUCAGUUUUAAGUCACAACAAGAAUGCAGAGACAAAAAAAAAGAAAGCAGCAUGGAUAGACGAUGAUGAUUGUAAUUACACUAUGGAAGCAGCUUUAAAUGCACAAAAUCGUAAAUUACCAUGUGAAAGAUCAGAAAAAUUAUAUACAACAUAUUUGGAGAACAGAUAUAAAUUGUUUGUGGGUACUCCUAAAUGGGCUGAACUUGUAAAGGAAGAUAAACCUGAUGGCGAUGAUUCGGAUAAUGAUAUCUUGAAGCAUAGUUGCCAUUUAGAGGCACCAAAGAUAAAAAAUUUACCGAAAAAUAUCAUUGACAUCAAAGUACUCAAAGCUUUGAAUAAAAGUACUCAUACAGAAGGUCCUAUUAUUACUAGUGUAGAAUUUCAUCCAACAUCCACAGUAGCUCUAGUUGCUGGUACAUCAGGUAUCUUAUCCCUAUUUCAGGUGGAUGGUCAUACUAAUGAUAAAUUGCAUAGUAUGCAAUUUAAAAAAUAUCCUAUUAGCAAAGCACUAUUCAUGAAGGAGGGAACAGAAGUUUUAGUAGGUUCCCAAUAUUAUCCAUAUUGUCAUACUUAUGAUUUAAUGAAUGGUAAAACGUACAAAUUGCCUUUACCACAUGGAAUUACAAAUAUGAAGUAUUAUGAAGUAUCCUCUGAUGGUAAGUUAAUAGCAUUGUGUGGAAGAUCGGGUGAGGUAUAUUUGUUGCAUAGUUCUACUAAAGAACUUAUCAGUGUGCUCAAGAUGAAUUCGAAAUGUAGGACACUAACCUUUACGCCAGAUAAUAAAACACUUAUCACGCACGGAGACGGCGGCGAGAUGUAUGUGUGGGAUUUGAAUACUCGUACAUGCAUCAAUCGUGCCGUAGAUGACGGAAGUUUAUCAUGCACAUCGCUUGCCGUUUCUCCAAGCGGUCAAUUUGUAGCUACUGGUAGUGCACAAGGUGUAGUUAAUCUCUAUGAGACAAAAAUGAUAUUGGAGGAACAAAAUCCUAUGCCUCUAAAGAUAGUGAUGAAUCUCGUGACUAGUGUUACAAAUCUGAAAUUUAAUCCAACUUCUGAGAUAUUGAGCGCGGCAUCAGCGGACAAACAUAAUGCAUUUAGAAUGUUGCAUAUACCAUCAUUCACCGUAUUUUCAAACUUUCCAACAUUUCAAACCAUAAUAGGUAUGCCGCAAGCAAUUAAUUUUUCUCCUGGCAGUGGUUACCUUAGCAUUUCAAACAGAACAAAUUCUGCUUUGUUAUAUAGAUUAAGGCAUUAUGGAAAUUAUUAAUUAUAUCCAUAGAAUUCUUGUGUUGUAAAAUAUACAGCAUAUACAUUUAUAAAAAUCAGCAUGGGAUAUAUGAGAUCGAUGUAUAAUUAUUCUAUUAUAAAUAUACUUCAACUUUUUUAUAUA